CCGCGUUAGCCGCUCGGACCUGACGGCCGGCCAACACCUAGGCCUCGUCUCCGGACUCCGUGGCGUUGCGGUUCGAGAGAAAUGGAGGAGAAGGAGCGAUGUGGCCGAGUCCGUUCCCUACUCCUGCGUUGAGGCCUGGUGGGCAUUUGCAGAGGGCGACGGAGCGAGAGAAUCGUCAUUUUUUUGUCUGUGUGUGUGUGUUUGUUUGAUGGGGGGUGGGAGACGGGAAACAGUUUGAAUUUUUGUAGAAUUCUGCACUUCGAUGCGACAAAUUAAUCCCAAAAGUUACUUUUCUACUGAGAAGAGCCAAGGUUUUUUUUUUUUUUUUUAAUUAUUAUUAUUCUAAUCUUUUCUCUCCGUGAAAAAGCAUAAAUCAUGGACAUCAGAGAAUAAAGUGGACCUCAGGACUCCCGAAGCGACUUAAGGCUGCCAUUCUCCCCCAGGAGGGAAGAGUGGGGUAUUUUUAGCCCUCUCUCGAACCUAAAACGAAAAACAUGAGUUGCGUGCCAUGGAAAGGAGACAAGGCCAAAUCUGAAUCAUUGGAGCUGCCGCAGGCAGCGCCCCCACAAAUCUACCAUGAGAAACAGCGCAGGGAGCUUUGUGCCCUGCAUGCCCUCAACAACGUCUUCCAGGACGGCAAUGCCUUCACACGGGACACACUGCAAGAGAUUUUCCAGAGGUUGUCCCCAAACACCAUGGUGACCCCCCACAAGAAGAGCAUGCUGGGAAAUGGGAACUAUGAUGUGAAUGUCAUUAUGGCAGCACUUCAGACCAAAGGCUAUGAAGCUGUUUGGUGGGACAAGCGCAGGGACGUCAGUGUCAUUGCUCUCACUAACGUUAUGGGCUUCAUCAUGAAUCUGCCCUCCAGCCUAUGCUGGGGCCCAUUGAAGUUGCCCCUCAAAAGGCAGCACUGGAUCUGUGUUCGACAGGUGGGAGGUGCCUACUACAACCUUGACUCUAAACUGAAGAUGCCCGAGUGGAUUGGAGGAGAGAGUGAGCUCAGGAAAUUUCUAAAGCAUCAUUUGCGAGGAAAGAACUGUGAACUGCUGCUGGUGGUACCAGAAGAGGUGGAGGCCCAUCAGAGUUGGAGGGCUGAUGUAUAAUACAGUUCUACCCAGCCUUCCCUCACCGCAGCUCCCUAAAUCUUCGGUGACAUCUUAUGGCCCAUACAGUGGGUCUGUCCUUGCCACUCCCCAAACAUCUCAUCGGGUUUUUCCUCAGAUUUGACAGUGCAAUAGGACAGGUGUAUGGACUGUUCCAAGAACCAAUCAGCACUACUUGUUCCUGGGGAGGAAGACAGGAGCUAUGUAUGCUUAGGAAAAGCAAUGGAAGGAAGAACUUUCUUAUUUAUGAGGAGAGAGAGGUGUGUCCUAGCUUAUUUCCCCUUUUUAUGAGACAAGAAGUUCUGCUGGAGUUCACUGCUGCUCUGAUUCACCUGGAGAUGCUGCCUCCAUUCCCCCUUUCUGGCAGCCAGUGGAUCUGAAGACUAUACUUGCAACGCUAGUGUGACUGACUUGAAUAGGACCUAGAACAUAAGGGGGUCUCAGGAAACCAUCUCCAAAAUCCCAGCAGUGCUACUGCAUGCUGGCCCCGACCCUUUUAAAGAGUGAUUUGUGGCCAUCCUUGGAGUUUUAUGAUGAAAAUUCUCUAAUAUUCCAUGUCAAGUGGUUGAAUCCUCCAAUAUUCCAGUGUGACAGGGUAAGAUAGAUUCCUAAGAUGUGCUCAAAGCCAAACUAGGCAGGCAUAGCAACUCAUCCUCCUCAAGUCUACUUGUCCCUGCCACUUCACUACAUUGAGAGGUUUUUUUAUUUUAUUUUUUUAUCAGGGAUUGAGAGCGGUUAAGAGUAGGUAGAACCUAGGCUUGGCGCUAUAGGGAUAAAAACCAGAACCCCAGAGUUGCAUGACCAUAUACAUUAUGUCAUAGCAUCUGGGUUUGUCAUCUUUCUGUAGUUUUCUUUACAAAUCAACUGAGAAUUGACCCAUCCCCCCCACCUCUUCAACUAGUUGUAGGCCACUUUCCCCCUGUAAUCUUGGAAAGCUAAAGAGAUGGGGAAGUGUUCCGCCACACUGUCACCAGAGUGGUUGUCAUUGCCUCGAGGCAGCAGGGCAGGCAGGGCUCGCCUGUCUAGCCCUUCCAGAUCAUUCAAUAGUCUUGACAGGUCUGGGAGCUGACCUGCUGGUGAGACUUCUUUCCAGCAGCAAAGUCAGCCUGAGGCUUGCAUGUCAAGCCUGAGCAAGCUUAAUGGGAUGAAGCUGAGGCUUGCUCCCCACUGUGACUGGAGUGCAUGUUUACACCAGCACUUUUUCUGCACAUGUAUCUUCAAUCCAGCAAGGCCAUUUUUCUAUGCUGAGUAACAGAGGCCAUCAAACAGCUACUUCAUUACAUCUUCUCAGCAAUUGGCUGCAGUCUCUUCUGCACCAUUUUCUACACCAGUCCUGCUUGGCACCACAGGGAGCUCCUCUGCACAAUGACAUUCCAGCCACCACCAACCAGAAGUUACAGCCAACUUGCUGAUUGUCACAAGCAGGACCUUGGGUCCACUGGCACUGUCAGUGAUAGUAAGCCAUUUCUGGGAAGAGGAGGCAGCUCCUCUCCACCAAUCUGCUUCGGCCUGUGCACAUGGCACUUCGAGUCUCCACGCACUUGGAGUCCAUGAGCCAAUGGGUUAUGCAAAGAUGCUUAGACAUUUCAGGGCUGGUUUCUCUGUUCAUAUCCAGUUCUGGUGCUUAGGAACAGGGACCCAGGCAAAAUGCCCCACUACCUUUUAAGAAAGGGGGCAGGACUGACCCUGAUGCCCAGGAAGGGGCAACCCUAGGCUUUUUGUUUUUCUUGCUUUUAUUCCUUUUUUGUUGGCCUUGUGCUGGGUUUGUUUACAAAAGAUGUAUUUUGUUUAAUCAAACAUUAAAAAUGGAAAGCUGUA